AGGGGGAGGUACAGGGGAGGAGGGAGCCGGAGAAUGGAAAGAAGUUCAGUCAAGGAAUUUGAGUCCUGUUUGAAGGGGGAAAGAAGAAAGAAAAUAAUUGGGGUAAGGCUCCAAGACGGCAGCACAGGCUCGGGGAAAAGGAGAGCGACAGAUCGAGGAGACGUGAGCAAGAGAGAAGGCACAAACCCUUUGGAGCCGAAACAUCCAUUCCAUAAACCACUUUUUUUAAACAGACCGCUUUGUUGCUAAAACUUGUAGAGAUCUUUUUUCUCCGGUUCCUAUAACUCUACCAAACAGAAAGAAAAGCCUCGUGGAAUAUAAUAUUUGUGUGUUUUUUUAUUUAUUCUUUUUUUAGGAACAUUGAGCGGCGGUGUUUGGUGCUUUGCCGCAAAACACUUGGAUUUUAUCCUCAUUUGUUGUCUUUAGAUAUAUAAACUAAAACUACGUGGAUUUAUUCGGUCACUGAUUUGUUUUCCAUGUCCAUACUCGGUGGCACAUUCCUUCUACUUAGAUGUUUGUAUAAACACUUUAAGGAACCAAUCGUGUGCCGCAAAGAAGACAAAGUUUACGGAAGUAUUAGAUGAAAGGUCGCUGUACCUGUUAAUUAAUUUACUCAACUGCGGGAGCUACAAACGUAAACGUCCCGUGCUUUGUUUUGGUGCUGUAACUGGCUGAGAGCGACGAUGCGGUGAUACGAACGGAACAGCCCCGGUGACUUGUGUUAACUACAGUUCAAAUCUCCAAAGGAAUUCUAAUUGAUCAGGGCCGUCCAAGGAGAAAGAGGAUGAACGGAGGGUCAGGGUUCACGCUGUUGCUGACGGUGUUUGUAUCCGCAAUUUGGAACCCAGGUACAGCCAAACCUGUGCCAGGGACGCGUUUCAUCCAGAGCCCGGGAAAUGUGACCUCUUCCCUGGGGAAGCCAGUGCAGCUGCAGUGCACGCUGCAGGGGGGGGCGGGGGAAGAGGAGCCCCCGGACGUGGUGUGGCAGAGGGACGGCCAGCCCCUGGACUUCGCCGACACUAACCAGAUGCAGGUGCCCGCCGUGGACGGCGGCUGGCUGACCAUCAGCGAGCUGAGGAUCGAGGCGGUGCAACUUUCGGACAUGGGGGGAUACCGCUGCUCAGUCACAGAGGGGGGCCAGGAGACGGUGUCCCAUCAGGGCCACAUUCAGCUGGAGGGCCUCCCUCAUUUCUCUAUGGAGCCCUAUGCCAUGUCGGCGGUGGCCAAUGUGAGCCUGAGUCUGCGCUGUGUGGCCCACGGGCCUCCAGAACCGGUGCGGGUCAUCUGGCUGCAGGACGGGGCGCCACUCAACACCCUGCAGGACCCGGUGUCCCUGUCCCCCUCCACACUCAACAUCACAGGCCUCAACAAGACCAGCGCUUUCUCCUGCGAGGCCCACAACCGCAAAGGCGUGGCCACCUCGGCCUCCGGGACCGUGACAGUCAUCCCAGACCAGCCGAAGGCAGUGCAGGCCGUGGAGGUCACCAACGCCAGUCUGCGCAUCAUCUGGGAGCCCGGCUUUGCAGGGGUGUACCCCAUCAGAGUGUGCUCCAUCCAGGCCACGCCCUCCAAUGCUGACCUCAGCAUGGUAUCCAGUCACAUGAUCCACAACCAGAACAUCAACGUGCCGCCCGCCAGCCACCUGAUCCCGGACCUGGAGCCCUUCAGCUCUUACCACGUGCGGGUGGCCUGCCGCAGCAGCCAGGGCGCCUCCUCCUGGACACCCUGGGUACUGCUGCACACCGCCGAAGGAGUUCCAGAGUCGGCUCCGGAGAACAUAAGUGCGGUGGCCAAUGGGACGGAGGUGACAGUUAGCUGGACUCCGCCUUUAGGAAGACUCAACGGGCGCCUGCUUGGAUACAAACUGGAAUACAGCACCCCCAACAUCACUCAGACUGUGCUGGAUGCAGGGCCAUCCACUGAGCUGUCCAUCAACCUGUCUGAGCCCCUGUCCAAUGUGACUCUCCGGGUUUGUGCUUACACGGGGGCGGGGCCAGGACCCUGGAGCCCCGCCCACAUUCUCACUCUUGUACCGUCAGUGCCGGGGCCUCAGUCCAGAGGCAUCUCCACCCUUCAGCUGUUCUCCUGGCGCUGGUGGUACGUGGUCAUGGCGAUCGCCGUCGCCGUGGCGCUGGCGGCCUUCAUCGCGGUGUACGUGGCCAGACUGCGGCGCAAGGAGACGCGCUUCGGAGAGGCGUUCCAGCCCAUGAUGGAUGGUGGGGAGUUGGUGGUGAGGUACCGAGCACGACGUUCCUACAGCCGCCGGUCCACAGAGGCCACAUUGAACAGCCUGGUCAUCAGUGAUGAGCUGAAGCAGAAACUCCAGGACGUGAUGGUGGACAGACACAAACUUACCCUGGGAAAGACACUGGGUGAAGGCGAGUUCGGGUCUGUGAUGGAGGGGCUGCUGACCCAGGAGCAGUUUGUGCUCAAAGUGGCCGUCAAAACCAUGAAGAUUGCCAUCUGCACUCGCAGCGAGAUGGAGGACUUCCUUCGAGAGGCUGCCUGCAUGAAGGAGUUCGACCACCCCAACGUCAUGAGGCUCAUAGGUGUGUGCCUGCAGACGGUGGAGAGCGAGGGCUACCCGUCCCCCGUGGUCAUCCUGCCCUUCAUGAAGCACGGCGACCUGCACAGUUACCUGCUCUACUCUCGGCUGGGCGACUCCCCCGUGUUCCUGCCAUCUCAGAUGCUGGUCAAGUUCAUGACGGACAUCGCGCGGGGCAUGGAGUAUUUGAGCAACAAGAACUUCAUCCACAGGGACCUGGCUGCUCGAAACUGCAUGCUGAACGAGAACAUGACGGUGUGCGUGGCCGACUUCGGCCUGUCCAAGAAGAUCUACAACGGAGACUACUACAGGCAGGGCCGCAUCUCCAAGAUGCCCGUCAAGUGGAUCGCCAUCGAGAGCCUGGCAGACCGGGUCUAUACCACCAAGAGCGACGUGUGGUCCUUUGGAGUGACGAUGUGGGAGAUCGCCACUAGGGGGCAGACACCCUACCCUGGCGUGGAGAACAGUGAGAUCUACGACUACCUGAGACAGGGCAACCGACUCAAACAGCCCCCUGACUGCCUGGAUAGCAUCUACUCCCUCAUGUUCUCCUGCUGGUUCCUGAGUCCCAAAGACCGGCCCGGGUUCGAGUCGCUGCGCUGCGAGCUGGAGAAGGCCCUGGAGGAGCUGCCCGACCUGCUGGAGGCGGACGAGAUCCUCUACGUGAACAUGGAGGAGCCCGGGUCCGAGCGGGGCGCGGCGGGGGGCUGGGAGCACGCCCCCCCGCCCUUCUCCCUCAAGGCCUUCGACUCGGUGGCCACGGCGGAGGUGCACCACCCGGGCCGCUACGUCCUCUGCCCCCAGCACGAGGCCCAGCGGCUGUUCUCCGACUCCACCGAGAGCCUCAACCUCCUGGGCUCCUCCUCCACCCCCACCCUGCUCCUGGAGCCCUCCCCCUGCUCCACCCCCGGCCCCUCGGAUGCCCGGGAGGACCAGGAGGGGGGUGCUAAGAAGGUCCCCUGGCAUUGACCCCCCUCCCCUCCCCCCACCCCCACAGAGGCUCUCUGACACUCCUUAGCGACGGUUACAGUGCAGGUGUGAGGGCGGGGUCAGGUGGUCGAUGCAUCGGUCUUCGAGUGAGCGCGUUGUUUCAAGAUGAAGAACUAGAGAGACAGUCUGGACUGGAGUUCUUCUACGCAGACUGACUCGCCCACAGGCAUUAUCCCGACGCAAUGCCAGGGAAGACAGACACGACGCGGUACUCACCGCCGCACCGGCACGAUACCAAAAUCCUGAAGGCAAACGCCGGCUGUUCACAUCAGCUACCCCUAGUCUCUUUACAAUUGUACUCAGUCCCACUUUGUGUAUCAGGAGAAUGUGGGUAUUUUUCAGAGACCACGUGACCAAAACAUAUUUACUUCUACUUUUAAUGACUUUUUAAAAAUGUUUUCCAUACUUGACAUUCCAUUAUAUUCUAUUCAAGGGAAAAUCUGUGAUGACGGACAGUGUAUCCUGACCGAAUUGCUAUGGCUCCUAGUUAGGCCUAUAGGGGAACAGUGUGAGCACAGCCGUACCAGAACAUUCAGGUUUCAGAACCUAAACGGACCCGAGAGCAAGGACACAUCCUAAAGCACGAGCACUUCAGAACCAGCACGCGCAGUCCUACCAGUAGGGGGCGAUGUGCUGGAAACCUGCGCAAUCUAAAUCAGUGCGAAUCGAUACCGAAACAGUGUUAGACCUGAUUCAAAGGAGCACGCGAUGAGAUGAGUGCAAGCAUCGAAUGCACGGUCUGAGUGUGCGGAGCCUUUGUGUCACUGCUUAAAGAUCAACAUUCCGACUCAGUGUUGCCAGAUUUGAAAACGGUGAACCCGCCCAAAGCCAUUUUUCCUAGCACAAUUACAUUUCAAAAGUAGCCCAGUCGGGUGGGAAUCCGCCCAAUCUGGCAACAACGGGUCGGAAUACAAAAGAGAGGAUCAAGAAAUAGACGUUACAAAAGAAGACAGUCAGAGUCUGACUGACUAUGCUGCCUACCCAGAGGUCCCAGUCCCAGUUUCGGUGUUUGUUCAUUCUUUCAGCCAUCAUUGUUUUGGCGUCCUAAAAGACAGUGAGCACAUUAUUUCUCACUCACAAGUUUCAUAAUCAUAGCGGUGGACUAGGGCUGGAAUUCAGUCAUCGGGUCCUGGAGUCAAGCAUUGCCCUGACACAUGAAAUCACUGCCACAGACUCUGAAGGGCAAAAGAACAAACGUGUAACGUUGCGAGGAACGAGAGGAACAAUGGGAAGAAUGGGUGGAAAAAGAACUGGGCUGUAAGAAGGAAAAAUAAGGGAAAAAAUAAGGAAAAAAAUGGGAAAAGGGACAAAAGGAAUGGAAAUGUUUUUUGAAGUUUAUAACUAAUACGGAGCUCAUGGUUUGGGCAGAGUGGCCUUGUGAUGGUACUCUUCCAGCUUGGGGGUCAGAGGUCAUAUAAACCAAAGAUUGUCUGUCAUAUCAAAAUGUUGAGGUCUGUAUUGAAAGUUGCAUUAAUACUACCCUGAGCAUUUCAUUUCCUGAACUCUUGAACAAUUUCAGAAAAUGACUAACUACACAAUAAAAUGUUCAGUUUUAAAUCAGCUCAGAGUACAUAUGGUCCCUUACUGGACUCAUGUGUAUUCUCUUAGAGUUGAAGUAACUGUGGACAUUUUACAGAGUACUUAGCUGAGCCAGGGAGAGCAGAGAAAAUCCAGGCUCUGUGGUACAGUAAGGAUUCUGUUGUAGCUCAGAGUUCAAGAGGGCGGCUGGUUUCUGCAGAGACAGGAGCAAGAUGGCUUCUACCAUUGACCCCUCUGCGUACAGACCUAGACAUGCACACCAAAUGCAGUAGCGUGCAAAAGCCAUGUUUUCCACGGACACUGUCGGCAGCACAAUGAAACAGUGACCGAAGCACAGUAUUAUUGUUUGUUGUUGUUUGUAUUUUUUUUUUGUAUAAUCCUGAAAUUGUAUUUUUGCACUAAUUCAUUAGUAAUUUUUCCCCUAUAUGAAUGAGAGUGAACAGCCAUAUGAUCAAAGGCAUAUACGUCUAUCUAUGUAUUGUCGCCAUGUUUAUUUCUUUCGUCUUCUUAUCUCAGAGACAGAAUGUGUACAUUCCACAACGGGUACAGAGUGCUUUUCCAGACGCACGCUUUUCCAGACAAACGCUGGGGCCUCGGGUGCGAAAGGGGAGGUUAGCGCCGAGCGGUGUGGCGUAAUUAGUGAAAAGGGGGCCCAAAGGGGCCACAAAUUUCGAACACACAGCACCCCGGGGGGUCAUGUCGUAGGGCGCCCCCCACCCCCCCACCACAGGCUUAACGCCACGUUUACGAGCGAGAGAACCGAGCGCCCCUCUUCCCCUCCCUCAGGCAAUCAGGGGCGUGCUGGCUUUACUGUGGGAGAAAGGGCUCCGUUCAGUCACUCCAUCUGUUCCUCUGUAAAGGAGCUGGUUUACUUACAGUCGACUGCAAAGCCUGCACUGCAUUAAACCAGUGUAAGGCCGCUUCGUAUGCUCCAGGUUUUAGCGGUUUCUCAGCUCUUAAAGGAUUCAUUACACAGUUAGCUGGCCUCACGUCGGUAUCUCAUUUCCGAGCCGACGGUCGGCUUUAAGGUUUAAGAAACAGAAAGGCGCUACCCAGCGCCCGUCCCGAGGGCCACGGCGAGCAACGCCGCGGCCGAGCUUAAAUCACGCGUGACCGACUGCGGCGCAAGAACCGCUCUCUCCAGCUCGCGUGCGUCUGCUCGUUCAGCCGCCAUUUCCUGGUCUGCGGCAUUCCUUUCUCCGACUUUCUUCACUCCGCCCUUAAGCCGUGGCCCCCUUAAUGAUCGCACACUCGACCUUUCAGCGUUUUACAUUUGCCUACGGAGAUUUACAGUUCAGAGCAACGUGGUGUGUUACUUAAUGUCUGGAAAAACUCAUGUUUGAUACUUAAUUUGGCAGGGAAACUACAGCUGUAGUGGAAGCACACAUAUGUGCAGAUUCUGCCAUGAAAUCAAGCACAGUAAGCUAACAUGAAUCAUGACAAUAUUGUAAUUGAAUGAUGAAAUAUUAUGUAAUUUAAUUGUGAUGCCAAUCUGGUCAGCAGGAGAAAUUGCAUUCUGUUAAACAGUAUUGGGUACUGUGCUCAAUGAUUUGGAGAGUGAUAAUGUACAGUAAUGGUGACUAAUUUGUUUGUGCUAAUUUUUAUUUUAUUUUUUUUUGUAAAGUUUUGUAUUCUUUUCAUUGAAUAAAUCCAUGUACAGACGUA